AUGGCUUUGAUUCCUGAAAGAUCGAUCAAGGACAUGACAUUGCCCGAUCUGAACCAGCAGCCACUGUGCAUUGAGUACCCAAACUUGGAGGUAAACUUUGAACUGAAAUCUAGAUUAAUUCGUUUACUUCCCACUUUCCGUGGCCUCGUAGGUGAAGAUCCACAUAAGCAUCUGAAAGAAUUCCAUGUGGUAUGCUCUGGAAUGCGACCACAAGGCAUAAGCGAGGAACAAGUCAAACUGAGAGCAUUCCCCUUCUCUCUUGCCGACCAAGUUAAGGAUUGGUUGUAUUUUCUACCUUCAGGAUCCAUUACAAGAUGGAAUGAUCUCAAGAGGCAGUUUCUUGAGAAAUAUUUCCCUGACUCAAGAGCCACAACGAUCCGGAAGGAGAUCAGCGGGAUUCGUCAAUUCGCAGGAGAGAGUCUUUUCGAAUAUUGGGGAAGAUUCAACCAACUAGUGGAAAGUUGCCCCCAUCAUCAGAUCCCGGACCACCUGUUGAUCCAGUAUUUCUACGAAGGUCUAUUAAGCAUGGAUAGGAAACUGAUAGACGCGGCAAGUGGAGGAGCAUUGUUCAAUAAAACCCUUACCGAAGCGCGUAGUCUGAUUUCGAUUAUGACGUCCAACACGCAACAAUUUGGGGUUAGAUACGAUGAUCCACCAAAGAGAAGUAACGAGGUAAGUAAUCUUGAAGAUUGUUUAAAUCAACUCACAUCUAUUGUUGAAAAAGUUGUUGCAGAUAAACAUCAACAAGUCAAAGCGUGUGGUGUUUGCACUUUAACGGGGCACGCUACCGACAUGUGCCCAACUCUUCAAGAGUCAACCACCGAGCAUGCCGACACCGUAGGAGGAUUCGCUGGACAACAACAAAGAAGAUACGAUCCUUUCUCCAACACAUACAACCCCGGAUGGAGGGAUCAUCCGAAUCUGAGUUACAGUAACCAACACCAAAACUUUCAAAAACCCAAAUACAGAUCACCUCGGCAGCCUAAUCCCACGCCUAGCCCAUCUCUCGAAGACAUGAUGAAAGCACUAGUGACCAACACACAGCAGUUCCAGCAACAAACCCAGAUGAGCAUUCAACAGUUCCAGCAACAUACCCAGACGAGUAUUCAAAACCUAGAAUCUCAAAUCAGUCAACUGGCAUCAUCUGAAAAUGUGAACAAAGAUGGCACUAAACGUGAGCACGGUGUGAAAAAAAAGCCAAAAAAGGAAAUUGAGGUCCAACAAGAACAAGCCGAACCCGAAGAGGACCAUCCAAAGCCUUCGAUAACCAGACCACCCUUCCUAGAAAGAUUCACCAAAGCAAAGAAGGAAGAGGAAGAAAAGGAGAUUUUUGAGACGUUCUGCAAAGUAGAGGUAAACAUCCCUUUACUCGAUGCCAUCAAGCAAAUACCCCACUACGCGAUAUUUCUCAAAGAACUGUGCACUAGCAAGGGUAAACUCAAGGGAAGAAUGGGGGAGAAUGUUUCUGCAAUUCUCCAACGAAAAUUAUCCCCAAAAUGUAAGGACCCAGGAACGUUCUCCAUACCUUGUAAAAUUGGUAUGAUUGGAAUAAAGAGAGCUAUGUGCGAUCUCGGAGCGUUUAUAAAUGUUAUGCCGCUCACCAUUUUUGAGUCCUUAAAUGUUGGUCCCUUAAAGGAAACAGGGGUAGUCAUCCAACUUGUAGAUCGCUUUGUAGUCUAUCCGGAAGGAGUCUUGAAAGAUGUUCUCGUACAGGUAAAUGAAUUGGUGUUUUCCGCCGAUUUUUACGUGUUGGACAUGAGGGAGGACAACUCCCCCAAUUGCACGUCAAUCCUGCUCGGAAGACCGUUCCUCAAGAUAGCUCGAACAAAAAUUGAUGUGCACAGUGGAAGUCUCACCAUGGAAUUCGACGAGGAAAUCAUAAGAUUCAACAUCUAUGAAUCCAUGAGGUAUCCGACUGAUUUACCUACCGCUUUUCUUGUAGAUAUUUUUGACCCUCUCAUGUAG